AAACUGCAUGUAUUAAGUGUGGCAACAACUAUAUAGUUACUUCUCGAUUUUGCACACGAACCGCAGAUUCUAAUUCCGCAAUGAGUUUGCCAAAAUUGCCUAGUAUUAACCAACCUGCGGAUUGUAGCGGAGUGCACAGGUUGUACGCGUAUUACGAGCUAAAGGAGUGCGGAUGAAAUUCGUCUUCUGCAUGCGAUCGCUAUCGAGGUUACGACGACGGCUCGCUUCUUUACUUCGUGUUUCGUAUCAAGUUUCUACGACAUCGCUGUCUCAUGCAUUCCGCAUAAAGACGGCGUAACGCGAAGCUGGAUUUGAAGUAUCGGAUCACUUGCCAAUGAGUAGAAUUUGAGAGGGUCUAUAUUAAAGCGCCAGCUAUCUAUACAGGACUGUGUGAUAUGCAUAAACGCCACUGUGAGUGUGAAUCAUUUGAAUAGUCAUCACCGCAUUCCAUAGAGGGAGAAUAGAUAGAAAAACGGAUCGAAGCUGCACACUCCAGCUGAGCAAUUCAAAUAGCUUCUGUGAGCACGCAUAUUUUGUUUCGUCAGGCGCCAUUUUUUAAUAAACCAGACUGACAUAUUUUCAUAAUAUAUCCAAUUGCGAGAUAUAUACGGCUCUGUAAGUUCAUAGUCGCACAUGCAUACGAGACGCAUUUAGAGAGAUACGUGUAUUUGUCGCUGUAUGCCUACUGGACACGUUUUUUGUUUGAUCACUCACCUAUACUCGACGCGUCUAACUGGAUUAUACUACUUCGCUUUUGCUGAAAGGAUACUUUACUGAAGGAGAGAGAGAGAGAGAGAUCUUACUAGAAAAGGAUAUAUUACUUCUACAGCACAAAGGAUAACAGAAAAGAUCUACCAAGAUGCAGAACGUGGAUCUGCAUAGCCUGGAGUGCUCUAUAUGCCUCAAAACCAUCAACGAACCCAAGCUUCUUACCUGCUCCCACACCUUCUGCAAGGCAUGUCUGGAGAGGUUGUCCGAUGCUCAGGUCAACCGUACUGUUCUACCAUGCCCCAUCUGCAAGAAGACAUCCGCCGUCCCCAAGGGGGAAGUCGGCAACCUGCAGACCUACCAAGCCCUGAAGUCCGUGGUGGAUGACAUGAAGAACAAGCGUCACAACUGCACCUCCUGCGAUAAGGAAAAGCCACCUGCAGCCGUUGCCUUCUGCCAGGAAUGUGGCACGUACAUGUGUGCCGAUUGUCAGAAGGUUCACAGCCAGUGGGGUACCUUCUCCCGCCAUCAGGUGGUGGGCACGGGUGAGUUCUCCUCGGGCAAGAUCAGCCUGAAGAAACGGGCCACCUGUAAGAAGCAUCCUACUGAUGACGCCUCCUGCUUCUGUAUCGAGUGCCGCAAGUACAUCUGCUUUUGCGAAGUGCUGGAGCAUUCCAGACAAAGCCAUUCGAUCCUGCAGGCCGACGAGCACGAGGGGGAUCUGAGAGAGAACAUCCAAGAUCUGAAAUCCAGGGCUUCUAUGAGGAAGAGCACCAUCAACAAGUACAUCGCGUUUGUGGAGGAGCAGCAGCAACGUUUGGACAGCGUCUUGAGCCAGAUCAAUGAGAGCAUCGACGAGGCCUACGAGGACUCGGUUAAGCGACUGACGGAGAGGAAGGGAUUGCUGAGGAGCGAGGUGAAACGCCGAAUCGACCAGCUGGAGAUCUCAUUGAAGGACAUGCUGGAAUCCAGCCACCAGCAGAUUGUCCACGUCGAUGCCGCGACGGAGCUGGUCUCCCAUGGCCUCAACGCCCCUCUGGAGAAGGAGUCUCUGACAGCCCACGACACACUCUGUGAGGAGCUUUCCAGGAUCCUGGAUCGGGAGAACCCAGACUACAAGCAACCAUCCAUCGCUGCUAAGCGAGGAGAGAAAAUCCUCUUCGAGAGAAACAAGGUCAAUAAUGAGCUUGAUCUUGGUCGAGUCCAGGUGGCUGAUUGGGCGUCGAAGCAUGUGGAAUUCCCAGUGAGGAACAGCAUCUCUGCGAUGGCUUCCAUGCCCGAUGGUACUAUGGCUCUGGCCAGCAAUCAAGGAGGUGUCGACAUCUUCGAUUUCGAGGGACGUGUCGUCAGGUCUGUCCUGAAGAAUGCCAAGGUCCGCGAACUCGAGUUCUUCAAGAAUGGUUCCUUCAUUACCCGCGACAAGACUAACACCAUCGUCGUCUAUAGCAAAUCCUGCGAGGUUAUUUCACACGCCCGCUUCGAGACCCUGAGGUACGACGAGGCUGGAAUGGGUGACCUAGCCUUAGACAGCGAUGAAAAUGUCUAUGUUGGUUACAGGAAAGCAAAGGCCAUCCAGGUUUUCAGUUCCUCCGGUGGCAGAGCUUUCCGGGAGAUUCCUUGCGAUGGCUACGAGCCCAGUCAGGUGCUCGCCCUCAAGACCAAGAAGUUGCUCUUGGUACAGAGCCACUCCAACUCAGUACGGCUGAUCGAUUCUCUGGGAGUCAUGAAGCACGAUGUGACCCUCUACGACAACCUCUACGGUUACCCUGCCGUGUGCGGGGAUGAUUCUAUCAUCAUUGCUUGGGUCAAGCACGAUGAGGGGUUGGUGAGCAUCGACCAGUAUAAUAACGAGUUGAAGCAUGUCCAGACGCUCAUCGCAGACUACAAGAUAGAGAAGCCUGAGAAGCGCCACUGGUACCACCUGCAGCAGUACACCAACGGCGCAAUGGCCUUCUGCACACCAGACCGGAUGUACAUCUUCAGACAGGCUCUGACAGCGGCAGAUGUGUAGAUCGGCUGAGUAUCAUUCCUCUAUGUAAACUCCCUUCUGUAAUAUCUCUAUAGCCAUAGACGUAGCUAGGGGAGGCAGCGGUGUUGCCCCCUCCUAAUCGAAAAGCGAAGGGGAGAGGGGAAAAGGAAGAAAGUGGUGAAGCAAAGGCAGCGUUUAUAGAAGAUAAUUCAACCCCCUCCCACACCCUUUCCUCACUUGAUUAUCCUUUUAUCUAGCAUUUCAAACAGGUUUGUCAGACCCGAGCCCCCUUCCAGCAAUGCCUAUCAAAUAGUUUAACUCGAGUUACGCCAUUGGCCUAUCUCUUAGAUUCAAGUUUUGCCUAAUCGGUAUUUUAUGAUGUGAUAUGCCAAAUUAAAUCAAUUUAAACGCUCAAUACAGUCAUAAUAUAUUUUAAUCGCAUUAGAAAUAGCUAGAUAAAUUGAGGGGAGUUCUUAGUCUGUAAAACUUGAUGGAUGAAAGAGUGCAUCACUUCUGUCGCUCUGAAAGUUCUGUACCAUUCCCGUUUGUGCAUGUAUAUAAUUUGCAAAUACUAGUUACCCGAGGUGGAAUUACCUACAAACGAAAUUGGUCCAUUUAUCAUUUUUGUGUCGUUAAUUUGUUAUAUUUGUAUAUGCACGAUGUAAGUCAUCAAAUUCAAGUGCCUUAACUUAAAGGCAGUUUCAUCAAUGCACCUACAGUUUCCAAAUUUAUGGCUAAACGCUAUUGUGUAUAUCGUUAUGUUUAUGGACAACUAACAUUUUGAUAGUGUAGCAAAAGAGAAGGACAUUGUUACGAGAUUAGUGCAAAUAAGUACUGAUCGUUAUUUUGUAAAAGCUAACAUUUUUUGUUUAAAUGUUAAUGUAUGCAGUUUGUUGUGAAAUCCCGUAUACUUCACUUGUUCGUACUCUAUAGUUUUUAAUUGUUUAUUUUGGGGAUUUGUUUGUAUAUAAUUUCCGUUAAAAAUAUGUUUUAACGUCCCUGAUCAGAAUUCUCGUUCAUUUUGUUUUGAUAGUUUGGUUUUAUGAUCCAUAUACAUGUAUAUGCUUUUUAUGAAGGCAAAUGUAUAUUUGAAAUGUUACGCUGAUGUGUUAGCAUCGAUUUAAAACUACAUAAUUUAUGUAGACUGUAAAUUUAGUUGUUUAAACAAAUAAUUAAAAAUUAGCAAACAGCAUAAUAUUUAUGUGAAUAUAUUUUUAAAAUUUGAAUCUUCCCUGUAUAGUAUAAAAUAUAUUCGUCAUGUGACUUAUCUCGUUUAUUAAAUAUUGAAAUAUUUUUUUGGGUAAAGUCUAAGAGAUACAAUAUACAGAUGUAAUCAAAUGUAUUAUCUUAAUUAUGUCUUUCCCUUUAACGCUGAGGUGAAGGUUUGUGAGCCUUGUUAAGUCAGUGGAAUUAUAAUACUAGGUGUCAUUUGCCUGACGGAUGACUGCGUCUUUGACACGCCGUACGAGGAUGUCAUCGUACACAAAUGAUUGUAACAUUUUCAAUGCACACAAUGCGUUGACUUAAUUAAUGGCGCAUGGUCUAAUUGUCUUCUCGGAGUUGAUUAGCGCAGGGAAUAUCGCAGUCGAAAUGACGCCCCGCGCGCAACGUCAUAAUUGUAAUAAUGGCGGUAUAUAUCUUUGUGCCAAACAAUGUACAAUUCACAUUUUUGUAUUAAAAAAGUGCUGCAUUUUUUCCCAAGUGAGUUAUAGACGGUAUCGUACACAUAUUUGUUGAGAGUAAAAUGGACACAUUUUAUUUUGUAUUAUAUGUCGAUCAUGACGUCGUUAAUUAGGUCAUAACGCCAUUAUAUUGUAGCUCGCACGGACCAAAUAUCUCAGGAACCAAUAAACAGCACGAGAAGGUAUUUACUCUCUUUCUUUCCAAGAUUUGGGUGAUAUAAUGGUUCGUCUUUCUUUUUUACCCCGAAAAAUACCUCCCUUUGUAUUCAUCCAAUAUUCUCACACAUAUCCUGGACUUUUGGUUAAAAUUACUACCUUAAAAUGUCACGUAUUUUGUAGCAUAGCGAAAUUACGUUCACUUCAUCUUGAGGAAUGAUUCCCUUGCUGGGCUCUCCAAUCUGUUUGUGUCACUGUAUACGAAAGAAAGAGUAAAUGUAGUACGGUUCAAUUGCACGCGGACGUGUAAUGAGUGUCAUUUUACAUGUUUUCAAACAACAACUAUACUAUACGGGUUGUAAGGUUACUUUAUUCGUCAAGAAAAUGCCUUCUUUAUUUGGCAUGUCAAUAACAAUUCAUUCAGUUGUGUUCACGCUUCUGUACGUCCAUUAUGUGUGUGCAUUGGGGGAGGGGGGGGGGGGGGGGGCACAGGGAAUUCUAUAGCCACUAAAACUUAAUACGUGCAGAUUGAUAAGAGUACGAAGUUCAGUUUUCAAAGUGAAUCGGAUAAAAGGGUCCUUAUUACUUAGAAAGGAAUAGGCGACGCUAAACUUGAAUAGUGCAACCCAGUACUUUAUCAUUUCCUUUUAAACAUCAAUCACAGUUGGCGAAUGCAUAGAAAAAUGGAAACUUGUUUUUCCCGUUGCGAGCAAUCCUGGUGGAAAUCCUUUGAAAUUUUCAAUAUUCAAAUGAUUCACGGGUCAUUUUCAUGACAUUAGGCACCUCAACUGAAAAUGGCUAGAGGCUGAAGAUUAAGAAAAAAUAUCUCGAAAGCCGCACACGAAAUAUUGUAAUCUGCAGCUCAUUUGUGAAAACCAGUGCGUCUGACAAAUUAAGCUCGCGCGUUAAAAUCACAUUGUACGUCAACUCUAGGCCUCCAUCUAUAUAGUGGCAUAUGUACUAUAAAUCAACUUUAACUGUAUUUUGAUAUCUUUAGUUCUUUCAUUAUGGAUAAUAUCUUUAGACAGCACGUCUAAGAUGGUACAUUCCGUAUAUAAAAUAUGUUUGUAUGUUUUUGAAAUAAAAUGCUUAUUUUACAUUUUUCUUUAACUGUAUCUGUAUUCAAAGUAGGCUAUGCGUAUUCUGAUUACAACUAUGUAAUGUUUAUUGGUUAAUAAAAUGGUGACGAGUUCUUUCGGACA